AUGUCCCUUAUCGUUGAACGUGCGGGUCGCGUUCACAUCCGUGUCGGCGGUAACACCCAGGAUUAUGCCACACUCGUUAAAUCAUUACCCAGGGGUAAAGUUAUCGCAAAGGAAGAUGAUGGCAACAGCAAUCCGACAUUGACACCAUCUUUGCUAUACACCCCUGACCUUUUGUACAUGCUUGCUAACAUCUCCACACUGGUCAAUGCCAACUGGUACCUCGGUAUUCCGCUCAAUGAUACGACGAAUCUACGAUUAGCAAUUGCGGAGUAUGGAGAACGGAUAUUGGGUUCUCAUCUUCUGGGUCUCCAGGUUGGUAACGAGCCGGAUCUCUACGUUCGACAUGGACAUCGUCCUGGAAACUAUACGCCGUAUGAUUAUUUUGGCGAGUUCGGUGUUGUCGUAGCAGCUAUGGAAGCAGAUUCCAACAUCCAUGCGACAAAUAACCUCAUGGCCCCAAGUGUUGCCACAGGGGAUUGGACACCGGAGGAGGUCUGGAACACGGGCUUCGUCGCUUCUUACACAAGCAGUCUCUCUGCACUUACAGUCGAGCACUAUCCGGAUGACAAUUGCGCUGCACUUUAUCCUGGAUUUGGUCCAGCCAAGGAUCCACAGGCAGAAUUUCCCAAUUACCUCACUCAUGCAGCAGGUAAAAGUAUUGUUGCGCCCUACCUCAAUUCUUCAGCGAUAGCUUUGGCAGCGGGAAAACCAUUCAUAAUGUUUGAAACCAACACGGCAUCAUGUGGAGGAUUCCCUGGUAUUAGCGAUAGCUUUGGCGCGGCGCUGUGGGCGAUCGACUACGGGCUUCAGAUGGGCGCGAGCAACUUUGCACAUGGGCUUCUACAUGUUGGUGGGCAAGACGUGUACUAUAACCCAUUCACCCCGCCUCCAACCAAUCAGUCAUCCUACCACAAGUGGACGAUCGGGCCCAUUUUCUACUCCGUUCUCGCAGUAGCUGAGACGCUUGGUCCCACGAAUAAUUCGCAGAUUGUUGACUUGGAGGCCAAUGCGAACAACAAUUAUACUCCGGGGUAUGCUGUUUACGAGAACGGUGCCCUUGCUCGAAUUGCACUGCUGAACUACAUGACGGAUCCUUCUGGUGCCAAUUCUUACACCGCGACAAUCUCUGUGGGAGGGGGAAACACGGGCCAGCCUAAUGCCGUCCCCGCCCAAGUAUACGUCAAGUACCUUGUAGCGCCCUCCGUUGGUGAAAAAUUCAACAUCACAUGGGCGAAUCAGACAUUUGGUGGCCAAUUUGCGUCCGACGGUAGACUGCAAGGUGUCCAGACCGUGCAGACCGUGGCCUGCAACCAGGCCGCCAACACCUGUGCCAUUACAGUUCCCGCGCCCGGUUUUGCACUUGUUUUCUUCUCGAGCAGCGCUUUGAAAGAGUCCACACCGAGCAGUACCGUGACGUUCGUGACGACGACCAUGUCCAAGCACACGGAUGUGAGCAUCGACGCGAGUGUGCUAGCGACGUCGAAUGGGCAUAGCGGGAAGGAUCUCGACUUUGGUAGUACGAGUAGGGGCAGCAGUGGGGGCGGUAAGGCCGCAGGAGUGUAUCCAAGCAUCGUGUUGUUGGUGGCGAUGGUAGCAGGCGUAGGAGUGGUGCUGAAGGCGGCCGCGAAUCAAUGGCCGUAG